AGGCAUCUAACUGUUUUUCGCGCACCAUUCAAAAUAACGAACGACAUAAAAUUUUACAUUAGAAAAUUUCGCUUUAACAGUGCUAAAAUGUAUUCAAAUUAUAAAAUUUUAAAUCUUAAUGCACGCUCAUCAACGCCGCAAGAUAAGGAAUCGUUUCCCACCAUUAAACAGCCACAUCGUGCUGGCGAAUAUAGUUUAUCACCUGAGGGGCAUUACGAAGAUUCGCCUGCUCGACUCUGUUUUCUAACCCAACUGGGACCAAACACAUUUCCGUUUUCUUUAAACGCAAGCGGGGAGGCUAUGAGCACGGAGCAAUCCUUUUUAAAGCCAAGAUACUUGGAUAAUAUGUUCUGCUUCUUGCGUUGUUCAAUGGAAACACUUAUUAAACGCCACGAAAACGGACAUCUGCAGGUGGACGCGGAUAUUGUGUGCAGCCGGGAAACAUUACAGCUUAUAAUGUGCGCACCGUAUGAAUACAAGAAUAAUUGGACAAUUGCCGUAAGCAAGUAUCGCAACACCAUAUACAUAUGCCCAGUGCCCAAUCCGGAAAGACCACAAUCGUUCGUUGAUCCCGAACAUUUAAAGAAACUAAUGAUGGACCAUUGGAUGACAAAGCUGCGGCAGCGCUGUCUGGUAGCAAUGGAUGACGACAUUGUCCAACCUGGUUCUUAUCAACAGAAGAAGCUGGAUGGACAAUACUAUUGUGUGUUUAGUAUGAAUAUAUGUGGCUUAAAUGUGCUAUUCGAUGCACCCAUCUUGGCUGAGCAUUGUCCAAAUCCAUUCAUUGGACUGCCCAAAACGUUUGUAGAUUUAAGGAUGCGCCUAGAUACGAUGAGCCGUACCGAAUGGUCAGCCCAUAAUCGCAACGUGGUUCUCAAAUGGUGGGUCGAAUCCUUUCUAGUUGGCAUUGAGAAGGUUUACAUUGCUUACCACGAUAAGGAAGGCUACGUGCAAAAGAUUAAACACACAAUGGUUCGCGAGCUGUGGCGGGAGUGCGAUAACGAUUGGUCGCCAAAUAUAUGUGGCAAUUUUCUGCGACGUCUUCUAGGCUCAAUUCAGUUGCUGUUGGCAAACGUGGACAGCGCCAGCACGGUUUACCUGUUGGAAUACGAUUCAAAGAAUGGAAGUAUUACCUACAAAUACUGUAAGGAGCGUAAUGAACAUUCGUUUAUACCCGACUGGUUUCGGAUUCUGAUGGAGGAACACAUGGACCAUCUGAAUGCACAAGUUCAACAUCAAAUUUAAGUGUAUUACAAUAUUUAUGUGUACAUACAUAGUGUUAAUAAGAUGAAAGUAGUUAUUACGUUUAUUGACAGUAUUAAUUGAAUUU